AUGAUUCCGAAGCUUAACAUGAAUACUUUUCUUGACGGAGGUGGAAAAGCCAAGGAUAAGAAUUAUCCUGGGAGAGGCCAAGGGGAUGCUGUGCGGACGCCGCAGGACGGGCGGUCUUCAACCCCUCUGCGUGCCCGCCACACUGUCAAGGGCGUGCCUCGACUUACCCGUGAUGGCUCGUCUCCUCACUCGUGGCGUUCUGGCGCAGUUACCAAAUUGGAGGACGGUGGCUCCGCCCUGGACUUGCCUCGACGCGCGGAGGAACUUAGUUAUGUUUUGGGUGGGAACAUCCUGCAGCUUCAGGACGUGCAGGGGCUGCGUUUGAAGGCCAUUGAAAUGGCAGAGCGGCUGCUGCUCAUGGAGGAGUGGUAUAAACGGCAACUGCGUGAACACAGCGCAUAUAUCGAGUACCGUCUGAUGCAGCUGGGGGUCCCCGAAGGUGGUGGCAGUGGUGCCCAAUUAACGCCGACCGCAGCCGAUAAGUUGCUCGUGCCGCAAGUAAUACGGGGCCGACAAACUUCCAUCAGCAGGACAACAGGGUUGAACCGCCCUACACUGACUGUGGGCGCCACCACUUCUGGUCGUCAGGCGGCCAGCGCGGCCACGCUCCAUACACCCAGCAGCAGCGUUGGAAACCGGCGGACGCCUGACAGUUCUUGUGGUCGCCUUUCCCGUCGCAGUUACGCCACACCGCUGCGUGAGCUUCCCUUUUCAAGUCAAGCUGUGGCGUCGCGACACACACCCAUUGGCAGACGGUCAAAUAAAAAGGAGUGGUUGCACAGUGGAGGUCAUUCAAGGAAAGCAGGCGGGGAAAGACGGAAAUUGCGCAGCGCAGGAAUGAACAUAAGAGUUGGGUCGAGAGGAAGUAGCGACACGGGCGCCGAUCAUUUGCUGGACGAAUUAUUCGUGCGGCGGAGACAGCGACGUAGCUUGAGCUCAUCCUUGUCGAUGAAGGCGACGGGGGCGAGCCAUGUCUCCAAGCAACAGCGUCCUGCGUCGGUAAGGCUGGGGUGGAUGCCUUAA